GACGUCACUGAUUUCAUCACAACUUUCCUCCUUCACAGACAGGAACCGGAACUUGUUUCAAUAGAAGCGCGCUGAAAAUUUGUAAAUAAUAAUGGCCGACGAGUUAACGUUCACAAGUGAAUGUGUUGCUAAAUAUAUAAUAGAAAAUGGAGGCAGAGUGACUAACCAUGAGUUAGUAAGACAUUUCAAGAAGUUUUUAAAUGGACCCAAUAGUUUGCCAAACGCUCGUGCUGUCUUCAAAGAUUAUGUCAAUGCUGUUGCUUCAAUUAAGACAGAGGAUGGUGUGAAGUAUGUUGUCUUAAAGAAAAGGGGUCAUGAAGAAAAGGUUCAAAAUUCUUCUUCCUUUGAGGGGAGCGAAGGAAGUCUUAAUGAGAGAAAAAAAUGCAGAUUGAGCGAAGACCCGGAUUGCUCAUCAACAAAAAACUCAACUCCCUAUGUUAUUUCACACAGCAGCUCUAGUCCCUCUGUUCUUGGUACAACAACAUCCAUGGAUCCUGUCACGACCCCAACAUCACCGAUUCUUUGGAGUUCAGACUUACCUCCCGGGUUGGUACCACAACCACCUCCGAGACGUAAGCAUUCCAUGAAGGGGAAGGAGAAUAGGAGUAAUAAAUUUGAAGCUAGUUUGAAAAUAAUUAACAGUGAAAAAGAGAAUGCAUCUGGUCCAACUAAGGACGAAAUAAGAGAGAUCUGCAGUCCCGGCAGCGUGAAGGAAAAAGCUCAUUUCCUGAACAAAAUGGCUUCUGAAAAUGAUGUAUCCAAACUUUCAAUAAGUAAUAGGAGAAGAGAUCGUGAUGACAAGGGAGGAGAAUAUGAUGAUAUGUGCUCUGUUUCUAGCCUUGAUCCAAGACGAAAAGAGUGGAUACUUAAAUCCGCUUCCAGUGAUUAUCACGAAUUAGUUAGAUUAUUGCGAGAAGAACCUAAACUGGUGAAUGUCACUGACCACCACAAGUAUACGGCAUUACAUUAUGCAGCCAAGCACGGAAAAUUAGAUGUGAUAAAGCUUAUUGCUGGAACCCAUAAACUUGAUUCUAACCUUCGAACGGGAGGUUACACACCACUUCAUUUAGCUGCUAUGUUUGGCCACGAAGAAAUAAUGGAAGUCCUUAUAAAUACCUAUGGUGCUGAUCCAAGUCUAAGGGACUAUACCGGAAAGAGAGCCCUCCACUAUCUCCCCAAGAACCAAUCAGAGCGUUUCAUAACAUUGUUUCCUUCCUUGGCGUUUCCAAUUCUCCUAUGCGGAAAAAUUGUAGCUGGGAAGAGAGAUAAGGAGCCAAAUCUUGUGCGGAUGGGAUCCCUGAACAGUAAAGUUAAGAAGGGAUCUGUUCUCUCUGCAAGUGGACGAGCAAUUACUCGAAUGAAGAGUUGGGGAUCUGCUGACAACAUACAAGAUAGAGUGGUUAAUCUCAUGCCCCCACCAAAGACUUUCCCAAAGAAAAAGAAGUCUCGGAGAGAUAUUAUUGGGAUAUCUGAGAAUUGGAGGGGGAAGUCACCUGAUUCAGAUUCUGAUAGUGCUACAAGCGUUGUGCCAUAAGACAAGAGUACCAGUACUAAUGUUCCUAGAAAUUUAUUUGUCACAAAUGAGAUAUAUUUUAUUAUAAAACUGUUAUGAUUUG